GUAAUUCUAAUUUCAGUUCAACUAGUAAAAAUCUAAACAUCUAAUCUAACUAGCUAAUGAACUUUAAUGAAAUACUUACCUCGUUUUGCCAAACUAAGUUGGCACGAUGUUGACCAUGUGCCCAAAGAAGUACCGAAUCGACUGGAGCUGGAUCAAUUGUCGUAGGUGGUCGCCUCGUGGAAUAAGUGUCUAUAAUCCUAGGAAGCGAAGAAAAAAAAAACUCACUGUCGGUGAGAUUCCGGCCGCCGUCGCCGAGUUUCUUACCUCGGUACCAGUCGCUACCACGACGCUUGUUUGCCGCCCUCUUCCACGACCCCUUCUUCUUCUGCCUUCCUCUCAGCGGCCGGCCAUCAGAUCUGCUGGGUUGGGCGGGUCCACGCUAGGGAAAUAGAAGGGAGGGGGAAGCUGCUACGAAAUCGCUUGAGAAAAGGGAGGAAUCAAGGCUGAAUGCGACAGAUUCGCGUGAAAUAAGAGAGAAAUCGGUAUUGAAUUCUACGGAUCCACGUGAGAUAAGGGAAAUGGUUUUUCUGGUUUGGGUCGUCGUCUGGAGGUUGGUGGGAGGUUGAAGACGAGAAAAGCAGAUAAUAACCUAGCGGAUCCGCUGACGAAUUCGCGUUUCUUAGCCUUGCUAUCCGCCCGAGUCUUGGGCGGGUUCGCGUUAGUUUUGGCUAUUUUGCAGCUUGCCUCGUUUCACUUCGCACAAUGUUAGUAUAAUAGAGAUGUACAUCUUGUUGCCAAAAAAAAAACCCCUCUCAGUAUUGGAUCGUUGAUUAGUCCAUCAACGACUCUUUCUUAAUUUUUCUUUGUAAUUCGACCUGCAAAGAUCUUGUGUAUUUUACUAUUUUGUCGUAUCUUGUGGUUUCCCAUCUCGCAUACCGAUACCCGUUGAAAAAAUAAAAAUUAUUAGGGACAGCUUUUGCCUCUGGCGAAAAUAACAAGAAGAUGGCGCAUGUUCACUGGGAUCCACUUUGGAACUCUUGUUAUCUCUGGGCCGAGGCCCCUCCUUCGUUUCUCCUGGCCAAUGUUAGAGGCAGAUUGUCGAAUUGGGCCUGAGGCCACAUGAGUCCCAUAAAAAAAAAUCAUAAAAUAAAGAAGAGAAUUACAGGAGAUUUUUUUUUAUUACGUUAAGCGACCGCCACCGCCACCGCCAACGUUCCCGGCCGCUCCAGAUUCUUCCUUCCGAUUCUCUUCAAAAACAAAACUCGUACUCCUCUCCGACCUAUCAACGGUCAAUCCAGUUUUCAGCUAGGAGCAAGAGGACAAUGUUUAAGAAAGCAGUGGAAGCGAAAUCGCAUCAGAGGCUAUCCGGCGCUGACCGGAAGAAGCUCAAACGAACCCUCAGAGACAAGUUCCCGCGGGCUUCUGAUGCCGAUAUGGACGUCUUAUUCCCUCCCAAGGUAGAGAUAGCAGUUGCGAAGUUUCAAAAUCGGGUCCUGGUUUAUAGUGUCGAAGGUGAUUUCCCUAUGUUUUUCGACAUCGAUGGCAGGGGUACUGAGCUCUAUCCUACAGUUUUUGCACUCUGGAGAGUACCUGAACUCUUGCCUUCUUUUCUGUUGAAGGGAGGUGAGGUUUCUCGAUACAUGCUUGGAGGGGCUGAUUUAAUGUUCCCUGGCAUUAGUGUACCUGCUGAAGGCCUACCUUCUUUUAGAGUUGGUGAAGUAUGGUCUGUGAAAGUUCCUGGGAAUCCUGCACCUAUUGCUGUUGGGUCAACUACUAUGAGCAGUGCUGAAGCAAUGAAAGCUGGUUUGCGAGGGAAGGCUUUAAGAAUAACACACUAUUAUAGGGACUCACUCUGGGAGUCAGUGGACGGCCAUUUUGUACCCAAUGCAGGUUUCUUGGAUGAUAUUGUGGUUGAGGAUCCAGCUGCCUUGGUAGUGGCCCAAGGUUCUGAUUCAGCUGAAGGUCUUGAUCAUCAUCCAGCUAUUGGUGAAGAGGAUGGCAAUAGAACUGACAAUGUUGGGGAAUUGGCUGAAGGAAAUGCCACACUGGAUCCAAAUCCUUCAUCAUCGACUGAAGCUUCCAACAGUCAAGUCGAACAAAUAAAUGUAGAUGUCAGUAACUUAAUUGUUUCAGAUAAUGGUGGUGAUGGAUCAGCUGCCGAGGAACAACAACAUACCUUAUCCGCUGAGGAAGUGGAUAAUUUGUUGGACAAGUGUCUUCUGCAAGCGCUCCAUACGACUGUUAAAGACAAGGAUCUACCAAUGCCUGGAAGCACUUUAUGGUCAAACCACGUUUUGCCUUGCAGACCUUCUGGUAUCACACUGGAUAUCAAGAAAUCAACCCACAAGAAGUUAUCGAAGUGGUUGCUAGCUAAGUCUUCUGAGAAAUUGAUUACAGUGAAGGAAGAUAAACACAAGAAGGAAACAGUUUUAGUUUCUGUCAACCGGAAUCACCCUGAGUACACAUCCUUCAGGCCGGAAAAGAAGCAGGAACAGAAAACCGAACAACACCCUGGGGAACCAGCAAGCAGUGGAGGCGGCCAGUCACAGAAGACGCUUGAAGUGGUGGAGAUAUAUAAAUCGAGUUCUCAUGUGAACCCGAUUUUCUCUGCUGUUGGAGCUGAUACAGGGAAGCUCUACAGCGCUUCAGAAGCCUCUGAUGUCGUUUUCCAGUACGUCGAGAAAGAAAAUCUGGUGAAGCCAACAGACAAGUCGACCGUGGUCUUGGAUCCAGCAUUAUGCGAUGCUCUGUUCAAGGGUGCCAUCAAGAAAGGAUCGACAUAUCCCACUGUGAUUCACAAGAAAGAUCUGGGAUCGACGUUUGUUGGCAGGAUGCAGCCGCACCAUAUGGUGAUUAGAGGGGGCGAGUCCGUGGUUCGCAAAGGCGCCCUGAAAACCGUACAGAUAGUGACAGAGCGGCGGUCAGGUAACAAGAAGGUGACAAAGCUCUCGGGUGUGGAAUCAUUCUUGAUCGAUGCGGAUACUCUAGCAUCCGAACUACAGAAGAAGUUUGCUUGCAGUACAUCAGUUGGGGAGCUCCCAGGGAAGAAAGGGCUUGAAGUUCUGAUCCAAGGUGGUAAAAUUGAUGACGUGGCGCGGCUUCUGGUUGAGCACUAUGCCAUUCCAAAGAGAUACAUUGAGGUUCUGGAUAAAACCAGGAAAUGAGACUGUGCGAGGUUGAUAAAUACAUUUGGUCAUGGUAAGUUCUAACGUAGUGCGACUUCACUUGUUCCAUUAUUUAUCUCUCUUUGUUUAAGGCGAGUUCCCUGGUAGUUACGAUAUCUGUGGAUGGAAAGGCUGCCGUCGAACACCAUUGUUCAUUUGGUAGCUGUUGGGUUCUAAUUUUUGCUUGAUGUUGUGAUGAAGUUUGUAGUUAGUCGUUCAUCAAACUGCUCCCUCCCGUUCUUUUAUCCCCCCUUGUGAGAGGCCUGAACUGCCGUUGGGCUUACAGUGCGUGAUAAGUCUUUGGGGCCAUACUUCCAUUUGGCUUGCAUUUGACACUUGAGAACUAUAUUUUUCAAAUUUUGCGACGAAAGUGGUCUGGGUUUGUUUGCUGUUGAUCGUUAAACUUGACGUUCGACUUAACUUACCAACUGACGAACAUGAAGAUUACAUGUCGACGAUGCGUCUUAUCUGUCUGUCGUGCCACCAUCAUCACGAGCAGUGCUUAUCGGCAUCGUAGAAGUUGAUGAGAAUGACAGAUCGAUUUCGAUGGGAUCAGCACGAUAGGUGAGCUGCAGGAGAGGAGACUAUUAUGCACGCCUGCGAAGGGUCACUUUCGUUUUGCUUGGACCCGGUUGAGAAAUUGCAUGCGGCGGAUAGGUAGCAGUGUCGAAGGGACCAAUUUUGCAGCAUCUUCCUAAUACAUCCAAUUGAGCUGC